CCACGGAGUACUGCUCCUGCCUGGCCCAGGACCCGUCAUGGGGCAACUGAUGGCCAAGUUGAUGGGCAUCUUUGGGAAACAGGAGCACAAGGUUAUCAUCGUGGGACUGGACAAUGCAGGAAAGUCCACCAUUCUCUACCAGUUCCUGAUGAAUGAGGUGGUCCAUACGUGUCCCACCAUCGGUAGCAAUGUGGAGGAGAUUGUUCUGCGAAAGACCCACUUCCUCAUGUGGGACAUAGGGGGACAAGAGGCUCUGCGCUCCACCUGGAAUACAUACUACUCCAACACCGAGUUCAUCAUCCUUGUGAUUGACAGCACAGACCGGGAUCGGCUGCUGACCACUCGGGUGGAGCUGUAUAAGAUGCUGGCCCAUGAGGCUCUGCAAGAUGCUUCCGUCCUGAUCUUUGCCAACAAGCAGGACAUGAAGGACUCCAUGACCACUGUGGAGAUCUCCCAAUUCCUCACCCUUAGUGCCAUCAAAGAUCACCCGUGGCACAUACAGGGCUGCUGUGCCCUCACCGGGGAAGGGCUGCUCGCUGGGCUUCAGUGGAUGCAAUCUCGGGCCACAGCCAACUGACGUCCUAGCCUAUGGCCAACCAGAAACUUUGGGGUUUUGCAUGGACUACGUGGGUGGAAACCCCACGUGACUAUUACUUGUCUACGAUUCUCUGGUGGGAGCACAGGCAGCUAUGGACAGUGAGAUUACUACUGCUCACCCAACUCCCCACAGAGGAGCUACACUGUGUAACCUGAAUUGCUGCAGACAGGACAGCAGGAAAUGCUGCCCCUCACUUCACAAAAGCAGGUGUCCUUGGAGACACCAGGGGUAUGUUGAAAGUGAAAGUGGAGCCUCCUCCCCUCAGCUCUCAACCUCUCUGUAGGAAAAAUGGAGGAGCAGAGUAAGAGACUCCUUUCUUUCCUAGAACCCCAUCCCUAUCUCCCU